GUUGUUGAUAGAUUUAUCGGAGAGUGACUCCGAACCACCAGAAAAGAUAGAGAAAUCAAAAGAAUGGUGAUGAUGGCUGCUACCGCCGUGGAGGGUGCGGCCUCGACGGCUCUGCGAGCGGUGCUCCACCGAGUCCGCCAGGCUGCUGAGAGAUCAGGCCGCAUAGCCGAUGAUGUGAGGGUGGUUGCAGUGAGCAAAACCAAGCCCAUCUCUCUCAUCCGCCAAGUCUUCGACUCUGGUCAUCGCUGUUUCGACGAGAACUAUGUCCAAGAGAUCAUCGAAAAAGCACCUCAGUUUCAUGAAGACAUUGAGUGGCAUUUUGUUGGGCAUUUGCAGAGCAAUAAAGUGAAAUCACUUUUGGGUAUGGAUCUCUUUUGA